UUCCAUUUCCAACCGAUCCAAGUGCACGGCGACCCAGCGAACAGCUGAUUUUGACAACCGUUCGGUUCACAAAUUUAUUUCGAGUAGGAUUUUUGUCAACAAAAGUGCAUUUGAAAAAAUACGAUUCCGCGAAGAAAAGUUACAAUGGCGGGGCCUUCGGCGAUCAACCCUCUAAAAUACAUAAUCGACCGACAAUAUAGCGAGGAUUUAUUCAUAAAAAAUAAAUUAUUUAAAGAACGUCUAGCAAAAGCCAAGAAUUUGUAUAGGAAAGAUUUGGUGUCUCACUAUGGGUGUGUGAAUGCAAUUGAAUUUUCUCAAAACGGGGAAUACUUGGUUUCAGGUGGUGAUGACAGAAGAGUCUUAUUAUGGAAAAUCCCAGAGGCAGUCUACGAAGGCAACUGCAUAUCCUGUUCCAGAAACAUACCGGAAGGCCUGGCUCCUAUAAUAAUGAAAAAAACGCACAACAGCAACAUAUUUUGCGUCGCUUUCAGUUCGAAACACACUAGAAUUUUUUCAGGAGGCAACGAUGACCAAGUCAUCAUACAUGAAGCUUACUAUGAGCAUCCUUUAUCAAUUAUACCUCACAGAAAACCUGUUUACGGUCUAAGUGUGAACCCACAAAAAGAUGAAAUAAUUGCAACUGCAGGAGAGGAUGGAAGACUUUUGCUGUACGAUAUCAGAGAUACGCUACAACAUGAAGCCCAAGUGCUGGCCAAACAAAAGACUGGUUUCCAUUCUGUGAUGUUCAAUCCUGUUAAUCCAAGAUUUUUAGUUUCUGCUAAUUCCGAAGAAGGCAUAGCUUUGUGGGAUUGUAGAAAACCCAAAGAAGAAUUGGUGCGUUAUGAUCCUUCUAUAGGUAAAAUUUCAGGCAUAAGUGCCUGCUUUAAUUCUACAGGCAAAAAAGUACUGGCUCUUAGACGUCGGUUGCCUCCAGUACUUUACAAUACUCAAAGCGAACAGUCUAUUUGUCAGUUUUAUCAUCCACAGUACUAUAAUAGUUGUACUAUGAAAACUUGCUCUUUUGCAGGUGAAAAUGAUGAAUAUGUUUUAAGUGGUUCUGAUGAUUUUAAUUUGUAUAUGUGGAAGAUGCCUGAAGAUGAAGAUGAAUGGGGUGCUUGUCAUAUGGUACUAAAAGGACAUAGGUCUAUUGUGAAUCAAGUAAGGUAUAAUAGGCAUAAUAAUUUAAUUGCUUCUUCUGGAGUUGAGAAAAUGGUUAAGUUGUGGAGCACUAUUUCUAUGGGCCCUUGGACUGGAUCAUUGCUAAAAGAAUAUUCAGAACCUUCUAGAAUAAUAUACACUCAUCAAGAUUAUGCCGAGUUAGUUGGAAGCAGUGGCGAAAGAAUUUCGCAUGAUUACAGUGACCAAUCGACUUAUGAAGAUUCAAAAAUGAUGGCAUUUUUUGAUGCUCUUAUUCAAAGAGAAAUUGAAGGUUGGGCUAGUUCAGAAGAGACUCAAACAUCAGACAGUGAUUCUGAUGGGGACCAAGACUAUUCGAAAUUGCUUCAAGGUAUAUUGAGAAGCCGCAAUAAAACUUUUGAGGAGCCUAGGAAGCAUAAACAUAAUAGAAUUGCACAGUUGAUAUGCAAAAAACGAAAUACUUUAGCUAGGAUGGCUUACAAUAAAGCCUAUAGUUCUGUUCAGAGGAAACAAUUAAGAGAAAAACGGAAACGAAAAGCAAGAAUUGCUCAGAAACAAAAAAGCGCAAAUAAAAAAUUGAAGUUGAGCAGCUACUUUGAAACCAAGAAAAACAACUAUCUUAGUGAAAGUAGUGCAAGGUCUUUGCGGUACCGUACACGUCAGUGCCUGAGAGAAGCCCGCGAAAAUGCUGUGCUGGAUAUGCCCAGUACUAGUACAGGAAUAACUAGUUCAAACUCUUUAGUUUACACGAUGUUUAAUCAAGAUUCAGACGAUGAAGCUUUAAAUUUAUCUUUGAACGAGCCAGAGAAUGUUUCCUCAAAUAAUGAUGAAGAAGAAGAAGAAGUAAAUUUAGUCAAUAUUCUUCCUACACCUUUAAAUGGCACUCAAGAGCACAUAAUCAACAACCUGGAAAUUAUGUCCAACGUUGACAUACCAAUUUCAAAUGGCAGCAGUUCCAGCAACGAAACUGCAACAAACGAUUACAAUAAUGGAGCUUCAACUUCAGCAGGUUCAAGUGGAAGUUACAAAACCCCUUACCCAAACGACUCAGAAGAAGAUUCCCCCUCAACCAGUCCAGAAAACGGUUACAGUACCUCUACAAGUGAGUUUGAAUGUGCCACGCCUCCUAAAAAACGUCGGAAUCUUAGCCAAUCAGAUAGUGGUUGCGGUACCGGGCCUAGCAGUACCAAGUCGCGUAGGUUUAUGGAAAAAUAUGUUUGUUUUAAUGCUAGGAAGACGCCUGAAACGGUGCCUGGUACUUCGCAAAACGGCCACACUAGCGACGAGGAAAAUAGAAACGAGAGGUUUAGGAAAAAAAUUAGGAAAGUGCGCCUUAAUUUAAGGAAUCGAGUUUGUUCAAACGAUUCAGAUUCUAAUUAAGACUUAAGACUGUGUAUAUUAAAUGUAUUAGGAUGUUAACUUGUAAGGUUCAGCUUUUCUAUUUCUUUAUUAUUCCUCGCAUUUUGUUUAUUUUCAAAAGAUUUUUUUUUCAAAUAAUGAACUGCA